ACUUACUGUACAGCCGAGGCUGACCUGGGAUGUAGGAACUCUGAUCUCAGCCUCCUGAGUGCUGAGAUUACAGAUGCAUGCCAUCAUACUAGGCACUUUGUUUUUUCCUUUUUCCUCUGACUUUGUAGAGCAAUGCCUGCUUUGAAAAGUCCUGGCCUCUUGCUCUUUAGUCUGUUCUAGUUUUGCCAGAUAAACAGUCAGGAAUCUCAGGCACUUCCUUGUCUAUUCCUGACUUUGUAUUUCCCAGCAGAACCCUGAUCUUGUUCCACAUACUAGCUAUUAUUAUUAUUAACUUUAGUUUAUAUGUGUGUUUUGCCUAUAUAUAUGUCUGUGCGCCGUGUACCUGCUACCCAUGGGGCUAGAAAGGGUGUUGAAUCCCCUGGCACUGGAGUUACAGAUGGCUGUGAGCUACCAUGUGGGAAUUGAACACAGGUCCUUUAUAGUCACUGCUCUACAUCACUGGGCCAUCUCUCCAGCCUCAGUUAUGAUUAUUAACUUUAAAAAUUGCUGUUGAUAGAACUUACUGAGCCUGUGCUGGACAUGGGAGAAAAUUCUGCCACCUCUUGGUCUGCCUUGCCUGUGAAGGCAGUGGAGAUAGAAAUUGAAACACCGGAGCAGGCAAAGGAACGGAAGAGAAGUGAGAAGAUAAAGAUGGAGCUUGAGACGUACCUGCGGAGGAUGCUGAAGCGCUUUAAUAAAGAAGUGCAGGAGAACAUGCACAAGGUUCACCUGCUGUGCCUGCUGGCCAGUGGCUUCUAUCGAAAUAGCAUCUGCCGGCAGCCGGAUCUGCUGGCCAUUGGCCUCUCCAUCAUCCCAACUCACUUUACCAAGGUGCCACUUCAAGACAGGGAUGUCCACUACCUUUCAAACCUGGUGAAGUGGUUCAUUGGAACCUUCACUGUCAAUGCAGACCUUUCAGUCAGUGAACAGGACAGCCUGCAGACGACCUUGGAAAGGAGAAUCGCCAUUUACUCUGCGAGGGAUAAUGAUGAGUUGGUCCAUAUAUUUCUUCUGAUCCUUCGGGCUCUGCAGCUGUUCACCCGGCUGGUGUUGUCUCUACAGCCCAUUCCACUGAAGUCAUCUGUGACAAAGGGAAAGAAAUCUUCCAAGGAGACAUCUUUAGAGGUUCCUGGAGGCUCUUCAGAACCUUCCAGUAAAGUUUCAGAAAGCUACCACAAACCCAUGACCAGCAAAAGAAUCAAACAAGAAGAAACCUUUUCUGAGGACAGUGGCAAGGCAGAUGUGAGAGGGAAGAGAAGCAAGGCUGCUGUGGGUAGCAGGCAGCGGAGAAAGCCCUCCUGCAGUGAGGAAGAGGAGGUUGAGCAGAAAGUCCAGAGCCGCUCACGUGCCCGAAAGCGUCAGGUGGCUGCCAAGGUGUCUUACAAAGAAGAGAGUGGGAGCGAUGAAGCAGGCAGUGGCUCUGAGUUUGAACUGUCCGGUGGAGAAGGCCAGCAGUCUUCUGAGGAGGAUCGUAAACCUGGCCCUCGAAGGCAGAAGAGGGCCUUAGCUCCUCAGAGGACAAAGGCUGGGCCUAAGAGUGCUUCCAGGACCCAGUGUCGAAGCCAGCGUGAGCCACCAAGCUUUCCAGCAGCAUCUUCAAGCUCUUCAGGCUGUAAGAGAGGCAAGAAGGUUUCCAGUGGUGGUGAAGAGAAAGAAGAUAGGAAAACUGCUGGUGUAGACCAGUGGUUGGAGGUGUACUGUAAGCCGCAGGCCAAGUGGGUGUGUGUGGACUGUGUGCAUGGUGUGGUGGGCCAGCCUGUGGUCUGUUACAAAUAUGCCACCAAACCCAUGACCUAUGUUGUAGGCAUUGACAGUGAUGGCUGGGUCCGAGACAUCACUCAGAGAUAUGACCCAGUUUGGAUGACAGCAACCCGCAAGUGCCGGGUUGAUGCUAAGUGGUGGUCUGAGUCCUUGAGACCCUAUCAGAGCCCAUAUACGGAGAGGGACAAGAAGGAAGACUUGGAGUUUCAGGCAAAGCACCUGGACCAGUCUUUGCCCACCUCCAUCAGCACAUAUAAGAACCACCCUCUGUAUGCCCUGAAGCGCCAUCUGUUGAAGUUCCAGGCCAUCUACCCUGAGACAGCUGCAGUCCUCGGGUAUUGUCGUGGAGAAGCUGUCUACUCCAGGGAUUGUGUGCAUACUCUGCACUCCAGGGACACAUGGUUGAAGCAAGCAAGAGUGGUACGGCUUGGAGAAGUGCCCUACAAGGUAACUGUGAGAUGCCUGCAGAGAGAUGUUCCUGGCAGCAAGAGCUGGGAAGGCGAGAUGGUGAAAGGCUUCUCCAACCGCGCCCGGAAAGCCCGGCUUUCGGAGCCCCAGCUGCAGGACUACAAUGACUUGGCCCUCUAUGGUCACUGGCAGACAGAAGAGUAUCAGCCUCCUGUGGCUGUGGAUGGGAAGGUACCUCGGAAUGAGUUUGGGAAUGUGUAUCUCUUCCUGCCCAGCAUGAUGCCUAUCGGCUGUGUCCAGAUGAACCUGCCCAAUCUGCACCGUGUGGCCCGCAAGCUGGGCAUCGACUGUGUGCAGGCCAUCACUGGCUUCGAUUUCCAUGGAGGCUACUGCCAUCCAGUAACUGAUGGCUACGUAGUCUGUGAGGAAUUCAAAGACGUGCUGCUGGCUGCUUGGGAGAAGGAACAGGACCUCAUUGAGAAGAAGGAGAAGGAGAAAAAGGAGAAGCGGGCUCUGGGGAACUGGAAGCUGCUGGUCAGAGGUCUGCUCAUCAGAGAGAGGCUGAAACUCCGAUAUGGGGCCAAGGUCAGUGUGGGCCUUUGUAUACAAAACAAGCCUGGGGUUAGAUUCCUAAGGUUACCAUGGAGGGGAAUUUUAAUUCAGAACAUGGCUACUCUGGCAAGAGAUCACAUCCAAAGACCUUCUAGGACUAGGUCUGUGUGAUCCGGCUCGAAAGCAAAUACGCCUUUAAUCCAGGAGACAGAAGCAAUCAGAUCUGGGUUCAAGGCCAGGCUAGUAUAGAGCAAGUUUCAGGUAAAGAA